AUGAAGUCCGCCUUGAUCAGCGCCUUCGCUGCUGCUGCCCACUCUAACGAAUUCACCCUCUCCGUCACCGACACAACCUCAGCCACCAGCGACCUCAACAACCGCAAGGUCGUCUUCUAUGGCUCCACCCUGCUCGUCUCCGCAUGGCCAGCCAGCACGGCGUCAAGUUCUCCGGUGGCGCCGGCUCUCUCGCGGUCAAGAACAGCGAUGCUGGUCAGUCACCCGCUCUUUGAACAACAACCUGGUCAGCUGGGUUAUCUGACUAUAGCACUUGCUAUUACCGAUGGCUUCACCUUCAGCGGCAACGAGCUGAAGCUCGCCGGGGGCUCGUUCUACGCCUGUCUGGAGGAGCCACGUCCUUCUUACGGCGAUGCCCCUGACGAUGAGGCUGUCUAUGCUGAUAAUUGUGUUAUCCUUGGCGAUAAUUGUGUUGAUAUGACCCUGAACAAAGCUGAUGUCUCAGCGGAGUCUGCUUGGACUUUGAUGGAUCAAGGCUGCGGUCGACGGGUCUCAUGGCUGGAUUCUGCAGCGUGCUUGUUUUUACAACCUUGGAAUGAGAUUGUUCAUGAAUCUGCUACAAUGCAGUGCUUUGUAUAUGGAGAUUACACUGAUGGCCAUGGUCACUUCUGCCCGCAGCACCCCCGUCCCUCCCGGUCAAUUCUCCAACUCCCAUCAUCACCAGUCGAAUAUCAACAGAAUGCCCACCCGAGUCGCUUCCUGCCACGUCUCGCCCAUCUUCCUGUCUGCCUCCAACACAACGGGAAAAGCCAUCUCGCUCGUCCACAAAGCAGCCGCCAACAAUGCCCACCUCGUCGUCUUCCCAGAGUCCAAUCCGCUUGCCCGGUACACCUUCAUCGCGCAGGCGGAGCAGAUCCAUAUCUCCACGUGGCCGGCGUUUGGCCGACGAGACUUCCCUCCGAUGACGCCGGUGCAAGGAAUUACGAUAAUGUUGCUGCGAACCGCGCCCGCGCCGCGGCGCAUUGCUUCGAGGCGAAGUGUUUCGGCGUUCUCUGCGCGGGGGUCCUGGCGUCCAACGCGGUGGAUGUUAUAACCGAUGGCGCGAGGGAUCCCGAGGCUGUACGGAAUGCGCUGCUAACUUCGUCGCGCGGGGCGAGUAUGUUCCUUGAUCCUACCGGCGCGGCGCAUCCGGCGUUUACGGUGGAUGAGAAGGGGGGAAUGGUUGAGACGGAGUUCCUUCAGGACGAGGAGGGGAUUCUGUAUGCGGAUUUUGAGCUGGAGCGUUGUGUUGAGGGCAAGCAGUACCAUAAUAUUGUGGGGGGUAUCAGCGGCUGGAUGUCUUUGAUUUGA